UGUGUUCCAGACAAUCAAGGGAAAAUGUCCAGCAUGUCUCUGCGGAUCCGCAUCCUGGAUGUGAACGACAACCCGCCAGAACUCGCCACUCCUUACGAGGCUGCGGUGUGUGAGGAUGCCAAGCCAGGAGAGCUCAUCCACACCAUCAGCGUGGUGGAUCGGGACGAGCCCCAGGGUGGGCACCACUUUUAUUUCACGCUGGCCCCGGAGGCCUCGGGCAGCCGCCAUUUCUCUCUGCUGGACAUCACGGACGACACCGCUGCGGUGCAGACCCAGCAGCUGGGCUUCAACCGGCAGGAGCAAGACCUGUUCCUGCUGCCCAUUCUGGUGGUGGACAGCGGCCCCCCCGCUCUGAGCAGCACCGGGACCCUCACCAUCCGGGUCUGCGGCUGCGACAGCUCCGGGGCCAUCCAGUCCUGCAACGCCACGGCCUACGCCAUGGCCGCCUCCCUCAGCCCCGGGGCCCUCAUCGCCUUGCUGGUCUGCGUCCUCAUCUUGGUGGUGCUGGUGCUCUUGAUCCUGACCCUGAAGCGCCACCAGAAGGGCCACUUGGCCUCCGAGGAGGACGAGGACAUGCGCGACAACGUGAUCAAGUACAACGACGAGGGGGGCGGCGAGCAGGACACGGAAGCCUACGACAUGUCGGCCCUGCGGAGCCUCUACGAUUUCGGAGAGACGAAGGGGGGUGGGGAGGGGCCCCCUGGCCUGCCCUCGGAACUGCGCUCCCUGCCGCAAUGGGGCCAGGCCCCCGACCUGGACUUCUCUCUUUUCAGGGACUACAUCAGCAGGAAGGUGGGGCUGGCGGACGAGGACCCCUCCGUGCCCCCCUAUGACUCCUUCCAAACCUAUGCGUUCGAGGGGGCCAGCUCCCCCCUCACCUCCUUCAGCUCCAUCAACUCCCGCUCCACCGGCUCCGAGCAGGACUUCUCCUAUCUCAACAGCUGGGGCCCCCGAUUCCGGCAGCUGGCCGCACUGUACGCCGGGCGCCGUGGCGAGGAGGAAACCGUGGAGUCCUAGCCUCUGGCCGGCCAAGUGCCCGGCAGGCCCCACGGACGCAGGCCCCAGAACGAGCGUGGCUUCUGCAGAGCCGCCACGCGGGCGUGAUGAUGCGCAGCUGCACGAGCCAGGCGGGAGCCGGGGGGUCUUGGCCAGGAGCCAGGGGCAGUGGCUUGGCACCUGGGCCGACCGGGCCUGGCAGAGGGGGCAGAGCUGGUCGGACUCUGCGGGGAAAUCCUCACCGUGCCCGUCUCCACCAAUAAAACAUGCCAGGCUCCUCGGAGAGAGAGAGAGGGAGAGACUCCAGUGCUGGCAAAUCAAAUAAUCAUUCAAAUGGAUCUGCCGGAGGAGCAGGAAGGGGCCCGCCUCGCAGGGGGAGGGGAGGAGCGGCUUUUGUUGCUGACACUUUAUUUGUGUCAUUUUUGACAAGCCCUGAUUUGUCAAGCGAGGCCUCUGCCAAGAGCUGGGGCGCCUUCUGCGGCUCCGUCUUCCUCCAGAAAAGGCAGAGGGCAUCUCUCCCCUCUUGCCCCCCUCCCCCGCUGCCAUGAAGGGGGGAGGGGUCCUCAGAAGCCUCACUCCUGUGUCAGCGCAGAGGGGGCUGGACUGAACCUUCCCCCCUCCAGACUCUCAGGGUCUUCUCCUGGGAGGGACCGGGAGCCCACGCCAUGCACGCCACCAGGUCCCCAACCUCUUCUCAGCCCCCUUUGGUGUAGCUCUGGCCUCCCUCUGUGCCCUGCUCACCCUCCGCAGCACAGGCUAACUAGCGGGUUAGGCCCAGCAGGGAGGGUGCCUUGGAGGACCUUCUGUGUAUGGACCCAGCGCCUGCCUGCCUGCCAGCCAGGAUCUAGCCCUCCUGCAACGCUGCCCCUCCCUUCCCUAGAGCAGCCGCUGCCAUAGCCCCUUGUCCUGGCCGGCCGCUCCGGGCCUCUGCCCCUUCUCAGGAUUUCUCCAGGCUUCUCUGGCUGCCGAGGCCUGGCAGGGGCUGGUGGGCAGGGGGGGGGGGGGCGGAUCAGCUUCCUCCGGCCUGGUCUGGCGGCCUUCACUGUGACUUCCCCUCUGGUUCCAGAGAAGCAUCCCGGCUGCUCCUGUCCCGCGGGCAGUGGGGGCCAAGGGCAGGAGCAGCGAAGGCAGGCCAGCAGCGGUCUUCCUCAGGAACCUUUUCGUGCAUUCCUAGCCCCCUGUGGGGGUUGAGUCCUCCUGCCCGGUCCCGCUGGGGCAGCGAGCAACGGGCCAAACAGGGUAUGUACCUGACAUCCCUCCCGACACACUCACACACACCGCCCCCGCCCCCCCGCCCCCCAUGGAAUAGCCUUCUUGAUUACCCCUGCCUGCCACACACAUCCCCCCCCCCAAAUACUUGCCAUUGGAACAGCGUUCUCCUGCCUUGGGGCCUUUCCCCCCCCUGGGGCGGGGACGGGGGCAGAGGCCAUGCCCUGCAGGGAAACGCGGGCAGCCCCCGGGAGCAGCAGAUGGCAUCAGGUUUGCUUUGUUUUCUAAGCCAGCCAGCUUCCACGUCCUUGUUAUUUUCACAAGGUCCCAGACCCGGAAAUAAAUUAUUUCCUUGUCA